AUGCCUACGAAAAAUUGUGCUGGCUGUCUGCAAGCAAUCAAAAGUAGGCAAUUUUUAUGUUGCUGCAGUUGUGGAGAAAGUUAUGAUUUGCUCUGUGCUAAUGUGUCAGAGCAGCGGUUUCGCAAUACUCUCACAGGAGAGCAUCGACAGAAAUGGAAAUGUGACGAGUGCAGGAGCCGCGAACCUAAAAGUAAUAACAGCGACACACCAGCACGUGCACAUGAUGAUGAUAAAGUUACACGUCGUCGAGGAGCAUCAGCUGUAAGUCCUGUGGAGGGUAGCAGCCCCGUAGAAGCGCCUGAAUCAUCUUCACAUAAAACUCUUGAGGUACUUUCCGGGAAGUUGGAAAUGCUGGUGGAGGAAAUAAGAACGUUUCGUAAUGAAAUGUCAGAAACGCGACAGCGGGUUCUCACGUUCGACGAAAAACUAUUUGGAUUGGUGACGCAGGUGGAAACAUGCGUGAGUGAGGUAAAGGAGCUGCGUACUCGCGUUGAGCAGCUGGAAAAUCGCAGUGGGUGUGAUGCCAUUUCAGACUACGCGCAUAGCUCCCCCCUAGUCAACACGAUAGAGUCACUGAAGGCCGAACUAAAUGAGCGUGACCAGGAACUUCUUUUGAAUGAUAUCGAGGUCACUUGCGUGCCGGAACAGCGGGUGGAGAGUCUUCAACACAUCGUCAUGACCCUAGCUUCUAAAGUUGGUGUUCAAUUGGGUCAACAGGACUGUGCUGAAGCACAAACUUUUUGAUAUUAUUUAUGUUUUUAU